AUGUCCUGGCGUAAAAUAGAUAUCGAUCAAUACGACGAAGAUGCUUACACUGAAGAUGAAAUCCUUGCUGAAUUUGAGACGGGACUAACACCUGAGCAAGUUCAUUCGGCUACUCAGACGCGAAGCACAGACGUCCGUAACUUACUUACAAAGGGAGACUUAAACACAGCUCUUACUCGUGCUUUAGAAGAACCUCCUUACGGUCGUCAUCUCGAUGCUGCUAAGUCUGAAAGUACAAAGACGGUGACAGAAGUUUUGAACUUGUUUCGUGCUUCUGACAUUGCUCAGAUGGUCGGUUCACUUAGUCGUGAACAACAAGAUUUGACAGAAGUUGCUGGUACAGGAUGCAUUGUUCGUGUCAUGACUGAUAAACGUACUGUUUUCUAA